AUGUAGUUCCAAGUAGUAGUGGUAGUGGUAGCAAUAAUAAAGGUGCAAAAAGCACUAGAAGAAGUACUAAAGACAAUAUCAAUAGAAAUUAUGAUGAAUUGUAUAAUGAUUACGAUGAAUCCCAGAAUGAAACUAAUAAUAAUAAUGAAGAAUAUGACAAUUUUGGUAAUGCAAAUGACAUUUUG